AUGGCACGUAGUGGAAAAUCCGUGCACGCGGAUCCCGCAAGAGGCUCAAAGAGCCCUUCAAGGCAACCUGUUACCAAAAAGCCAACAGAUUAUACCUCUGAAGGUGUUGAAGAUCGAGAUGUCUUCCUCCUACCUGGCUCUGACUAUCAGGUCAUGAUCCUCCUAACACUCUUGGGAGCUGUUGUGAGACUCUUCAGGAUUUACCAACCCAGCAGUGUGGUGUUUGAUGAAGUCCACUUUGGCGGUUUUGCCUCGAAAUACAUAAAGGGUAAAUUCUUUAUGGAUGUACAUCCUCCUUUGGCAAAGCUAUUGAUAACACUUGCGGGAUUCUUGGCUGGAUUUGAUGGAGAAUUUGACUUCAAAGAUAUCGGAAAGGAUUAUGUAGAACCAGGUGUACCAUAUGUCGCUAUGAGAUUAUUGCCAGCUAUUUGCGGCAUACUUUUGGUUCCUACAAUGUUCUUAACUCUCAAGGCCGCAGGUUGCAGAACCAUGACAUCCGCCAUGGGAGCUGGAUUGAUCGUAUUUGAAAACGGAUUACUUACCCAGGCACGCUUAAUUCUUCUCGACUCUCCUCUUAUGAUCAUGACCGCUUUUACUGCGCUUGCGUUCACCUCAUUUACGAACCAACAUGAACAAGGACCUACGAAGGCCUUUCAAUUGAGCUGGUGGUUUUGGUUGAUUAUGACAGGUCUAGGUUUGGGUGCGACCGCCAGUGUCAAAUGGGUUGGACUUUUCACAAUUGCUUGGGUCGGUAGUCUUACUGUACUGCAACUAUGGGUGUUGCUUGGGGAUGCAAGAACGGUCACACCACGAAUUUUUGCCAAGCACCUUGUGGCACGAAUCUUUUGUCUUAUUAUCAUCCCCCUAACAUUCUAUAUGGCUAUGUUUGGUAUUCAUUUCCUAUGCCUUGUUAACCCAGGAGAUGGCGAUGGAUUCAUGAGCUCUGAAUUCCAAGCAACUCUCAACUCCAAGUCCAUGCAAGAUGUUCCCGUCGACGUCGCCUUCGGAAGUCGAGUUAGCAUUAGACACCACAAUACUCAGGGUGGAUAUCUACACUCCCAUAACCUCAUGUAUCCUACCGGUAGCAAGCAACAGCAGAUCACCUUGUAUCCCCACAAGGACGAGAACAACGUCUGGCUCUUGGAGAACCAAACCCAGCCGCUCGAUAUCAAUGGUCAGCCAAUCAAUGGUUCACUAGCUUGGGAUGCUUUAUCAGAGCCAAAUUACAUUAAAGACGGUGAUAUCAUCAAGUUGUACCAUCAGUCUACAAAUCGCCGACUUCACUCUCACGAUGUUCGACCACCAGUCACCGAGGCUGACUGGCAGAAUGAGGUUUCCGCGUAUGGCUACGAAGGAUUCGAAGGCGAUGCUAACGAUUUUUUCCGUGUCGAGAUCAUCAAAAAGAUGUCUGACGGAGAAAUAGCCAAGACUCGCUUACGAACAAUUCAAACCAAGUUCAAACUCGUUCACAUAAUGACUGGAUGUGUCUUGUUCUCUCAUAAAGUCAAGCUCCCUGAGUGGGCUUCGGAGCAGCAAGAGGUCACAUGUGCUAAGGGAGGAACUCUUCCUAACAGUGUUUGGUAUAUUGAGCAGAAUGAGCAUCCUCAACUUGGAGCCGAGGCAGAAAAAGUUAACUACAGAAACCCUGGUUUCUUCGGCAAGUUCUGGGAGCUGAACAAGGUCAUGUGGCACACGAAUGCUGGUUUAGUUGAAUCCCAUGCUUGGGAUUCACGUCCUGACUCUUGGCCUAUUCUCAGACGGGGUAUUAAUUUCUGGGGCAAGGACAAUCGCCAAAUUUACCUUAUCGGUAACCCGGUAAUUUGGUGGAGCUCGACACUUGCAGUUGUCAUCUUUGUGGUCUUCAAAGGUCUUGCUGUUCUUCGUUGGCAAAGAGGCUUCAGAGACUACGACAACCCAGUUUUCAAGCGAUUCGACUACGAAAUCGGAACCAUUGUUCUUGGAUGGGCCUUCCAUUAUUUCCCAUUCUACCUGAUGCAACGUCAGCUUUUCCUCCAUCACUACUUCCCCGCACUUUACUUCGCCAUCAUUGCGUUGUGCCAGACUUUCGAUUUUAUCACUGCCCGUGUCCCUGGUAUUGGGUUACGCGAACGCCCCUUGAUUGGAAGACUUGGCGCAAUCAUCUUCCUAACACUCAGCAUUGUUGUUUUCGCUCUCUACUCUCCGUUGGCAUAUGGUAACCCAUGGACACAAUCGGCUUGCAAAAAGGUUAAACUUUUCGAGAAGUGGGACUGGGACUGCAAUACCUUCUUGAAUGAUUACUCUGAUUAUGCGACUCAAUCUGUCAAUGCAAAUGCUGAUGUUCACAAAACUGAUUCACCAUUAAUUCCAACUAAUGCUGCUGAGGUCCCAGCACAGGCUGGGGCUGGUGAGCAGAAACCCCUUUUAAACCAAGAGAAUAUAUCAGGGGCACCAGAAGGGAAACCAGAAGGGUUGGUAUCCCCACCACCAGCUGCCCCCGUCGCUAGCCAUAGCAUUGUUUCCCGAGAGGAGAAGGUUGAAUACAGGGAUCAAGACGGUAAUAUUCUUGACCCUGAAGCUGUAAAAUCUCUCGAAGGGAAGGUCAGCUUUAAAACCAGAUAUGAAACCAGAACCCGCAUGGUGGAUGCUCAAGGCAAUGAGAUUAAUCCACCAGAGGAAGCAGCAGCUGGAGUUGCACCACCCCAUCCUGACGUCGAGGGCUCUGAUCCUCAAACAGCCGGCAAAGCAGAGUCUGAUGUUCAGAAGGAGCCGGCAGCACAACGUGAAGUGCAAGCUGAUGAGAGCAAGGAGCAAAGCAUUGAGAAAUCCGAAGGUGGUGCUGCUAAGCCAGCCAGUGAAGGAAACGAGGCGACAGCAGUUUAG